AUGUCCAGAUACAAGUUUGGUUUGCUUCUAUCUCAGCUGUUAGAUUGCAUUUCAAGGCCUCUCGAAGAGGAACAAGUAUGGGCAUUGUGCUACGAAAUAUGUCAACAUUUAUCGAGUGAUUCAGAUAUGACCGAUAACCCAAGGGUGUUGCACUUUAGUCAAAUAGUAUUUGCUCUUGAGACGAUUUAUAUCCGAAGAGAUGGAAUGGUUGAGUUAAUUCCAAACAGCAACUCUUGUGGCAUCCUUGAAGAUGAAGAUCGAGAGAGCUCUUUCAAGCAAAUGAAUGAUUUGGGUAGAGUUUUAACCAUUUGCCUGGAGAAUGGUGGCCCUAAAGAUUUUUUGAAACGGCAAGUUGGUGGCGAACUUGAAUCACUGAUGCAUGAUUUAUUCCUUGGAAAUUUCGCUCACGAAAGUCCACGGCAAUGGAUGGUUCUGGUUGCAGCAAACUGUAAACGUCACGCAUCAACUCAAACUGAUCUGGCACAGCCAAAUUAUUACGGCGAUAUUUGUGAGUUGUUAGUUAAAGAAGCAAUGGAAAUGAAUAAUUUCUUAGCUGUGGUCACGAAUGAGAUUUCACAUUACGAGUCCAAACAUGACGCAUUCUCUACUUUUCAGCUAACUCAGGCUCGACCUGUUAUCAGUAACUGGCUACAAUGUAUGUCAGAGAUAAAGGAACAUAAUGGCGAAGCCGAAUAUUCUUUUCACUCAAAAGAACUCUUCGAGAAGGAGAACCACGCAAAACCUUUUGGUGCCCUUGUCAAUACUCCAGGAUUCACGAGCACUCUUCCAAGAAUCAACGAGAAGGUGGAAAGUCCAGAACCAGCAGCUUUUGAACAUUCUAAACCAACUGAUCAUAGCACGCCAACAAUAUUCCGCAAUAAAGGCCGCAAAGUCUUGCGUCCACCGCAGCGUCUGGUUAACCAAGUUACCACCUGGAUGUUGGACCAGGAACCUCAACAACUAAAACCCGUUGUCUCCAGUUUGGGAUGGUUCCGUGAAGCGAAACGCAUAAGACGUGUGCUGACUGACCUGCAAAUUGACACCGCCAUGGAGGAUGAUAGUUUAUACAACGCUUUACGGAACGGAGAUCUUUGUUUUUGCUGUCGGGUCGCAAAAUUUUCAUUGUUUUACAGAUCCUGUACGGUUUGCGAGGUAUGUGAGCGUAAAGUAUGUUCCUCGUGCACCACGAAUGUAACUUCACGUGAGUUGGGGAUAAGUUUACAUGAUUCAACGUUAGAUUCACAUGAUUCUGGUAUCAGUUCAAGAGAUUUCAGAAGUUGUUCAGGUGUGGAGUUGGACCAAAGCCACAAUGGGAGUCUUUUCGGACAACUUCGUAAAGUAUUCAAGCCAAAGGCAAGUGUUGAAGAAAGUUAUAACGUAUGCAAAGACUGUAGAGAUUGUAUUCAAAGAUACUUCUGAACUUCACUAAACACACCUAUAAAAUAGAAGAACUAUUAAUAUAAUUCAUGAAAUGGUCUCAAGCGAAAUGCAUGUAAUGUAAUAGGAAGUGAUUCGAAUCACAUUUGCUCUGGGUUAUAUAUCAGGGCCUAUAGCAUAGGGUAGGUCAGUUUUGCUUAUGAGAUUGUGAGGUCUUGUAGUUGACAUAAUAUAUAUUUGAGUGUAAUAUUA